AUGAAAAAUAUAUAUUUAAUUAUCUUAGAAAUUGUAAAGUUUUUAACAAUUGUUAUUCCAGUUUUAAUCUCUGUAGCUUAUUUAACUUUAGCAGAAAGAAAAAUUUUAGGCUAUAGUCAAAAUAGAAAAGGCCCUAACGUAGUAGGAAUAUAUGGAUUAUUACAACCUUUAGCUGAUGGUGUAAAAUUAUUUUCAAAAGAAUUAAUUAUCCCUAAUCAUGUAAAUAUUUUUCUUUAUUUAUUUUCUCCUAUAUUAGCUUUAAGCUUAUCAUUACUUAUUUGAAUAAUUAUCCCAUUAGGAAUUAAUAAUUUAAUUUUUGAUUUUAAUUUGGGAAUUAUGUUUAUCUUUGCUAUUUCUUCUAUAAACAUAUAUUCUAUUCUUUUAUCUGGAUGAUCAAGUAAUUCCAAAUAUGCUUUUUUAGGUUCAUUAAGAGCUGCUGCUCAAAUGAUAAGUUAUGAAGUUUGUAUUAGUUUAAUUAUUUUUUCUUGUAUUUUAUGUGCUGGAACUCUAAAUAUUUAUUCUUUAAUAAACUCACAAAGUCAGAGUAUUUCUUAUAUUUUUCCUUUAUGACCUAUAGCUAUAAUGUUUUUUAUAUGUUUAUUAGCAGAGACUAACAGAGCUCCAUUUGAUUUAACUGAGGGAGAAUCAGAAUUAGUUUCUGGUUAUAAUGUAGAAUAUUCUUCAAUGUCUUUUGCUCUAUUCUUUUUAGCAGAAUAUUCUCAUAUAAUACUUAGUAGCGCUUUUUUUGUAAUUUUAUUUUUAGGAAACUGAAGUAAUUAUUUUUUUAUCAAUAAUUUUAUUUUCUUUUUAAAAAUGAUUCUGUUUAUAUUUCUAUUUAUUUGAGUAAGAACUUCUUUUCCUAGAUUAAGAUAUGAUCAACUAAUGAGUUUAUUAUGAAAGUCUUAUUUACCAUUAAGUUUAUCAUUUAUUAUUAUAACAAAUUCUUUAUUAUGAGCUUUUUGAGGUUUAUCUAAUAAAUGAUGUAUAUAA